AUGGCAGCCCCAAGUACUGGGGUGCCAUGGGCGAUCCCAGCCAGAUCGAAGUUGCGACCCUCGACCCUCAGGCGUCAUGCAUCUGCGCCGGCGGAGUCGUCGACGGAGAUUUGGACCACAGGUCAAGAAAACACCACGGUAGGGAAACCCCCGUCAGCCCUGUACAAUCUCCCCCCUGUCCAUUCUCUACAAAACCAAAGUCUUCUCAGCGAGAUUGCCGCGACGCAAGCCCUCACCACCCACUUGCGUCGUGACCGCGACGCCUGGCGCACCCUCGCCCAGGAGCACUCAAAAGCCCUCAAUGAGGCAAACAGAAAGCUCAAAGACCGCGAGCACAUGAUUUCAGAGCUCCAAAAAAGCAAAGCCUCGCUCAAGUUCCAAUGUGACACUUCCGAAGCCCUAAACUCCGACCUCAGCUCUUGCCUCAAAGAAGCAACAAUGAACCUCGACGAGGCAACCAAAAUGCUCGAAGCCGCAACCACCAAGCGCGACCAUCUAGCCUCGCAACUCGACGAAGCCAAAGCAAACAUGACCAAACUCCGCCGCAGCGACCGCACCAAGGAAAAAACGCAGCAGCAAAACCUACACCUCAAAGCCCUCUUGCACCACCAAUCCGCAAAAUACAACAACAACACCAACACUGCCAGAUACAACAACAACACCAACACUGCCAGAUACACCACCACCACCACCACCGCCAAACGCAGCACCACCGCCACCCUCCGCAGCGCCACCACCGCUCUCAACCAAGACAUGCUGCAAUCCGCGCUUUCAUCCGCCAUGGAGCGCAUCGACUCGCUCGAGGCGCGCGGGGGGCAGGCGCUACUGGAUGCGCCGGAGGAGCAAGGAUGA